CCAAAACACUGCCUGGAAUGUAAAAAUCUCAUGCAGUUAGAUUUAGGUUCGGAAUCAUCCAUAUGAUUCCAUGCGAUUUCGGGCAAAACGAUAGGGUCCUUUCGGGCAAUCCGUGCUACGUAAAACUCAUUCAUUGCACGCUUUCCUCUUAGCUUGGUUGCUGUCUUUUGUGAAAGGCGUGUGAGUGAAAGUGAAACUCUGUAGUCUGUAGUAGUAGUCUGGGCAGGAGGAAGGAAGAAUCUGAAAAGGGCGGCAGAGGAAGAGAAGUUCAAUCUCCAGGAUGGUCAAACCAUCACCCAAGUGCUUUCUCUUCGAGUUCUUAGAACCUCAGUCGGAGUUCAACUUGACCUCCAAUUUUAAUCAGAAUCGAACGUCGAAAUUGGAUAUUCGACUCUGUCGGUUAGAGCCCAGCCCCAGAUACAAGAAGAGAUUUUCCUUGAAUUUUCACUUAAAAAAGUCUUUGGCAGCCGGAUGCGGAUGCUAUUACGCUCUGUAAAAAUCACGCGCACCGGGACCCCAUUUCUCUAUCGCUUGGCUUUCUCCUUAACGCUGUCUCUCACUGUCUCUGCACCACUGCCGAAGAUCAACUUCGUCUCUCACGCCAUCCCUACACCUAAAAGCCAGCUCUUCUCCUCUUUGCCUCUCGCUCGGCCCUUCCUGCCGGAAGUAAACUCCCGCUGUCUCCCUAUCUCGCACGGCCGGAAGUAACUCUCUCACGCUCGGACUCCUGCAUCGCUGAGAGCCCAGGUAAAACGAUAGGGUCCUUCUGGGUGAUCCAUUCUGGAUAAAUUCAUUCAUUGCAUGCUUUCCUCUUACCUUGGUAGCUGUCUUUUGUAAAAGGCGUGAGUGAAACUGUGUAGUAGCAGUCACGGCACAUGAAAGGAGGAAGGAAGAAUCUGAAGAGGCCAGCCGAGGAAGAGAAGUUCAGUCUCCAGGAUGUUCGAGCUAUCAUGCAAGUGCUGUCUCUUCGAGGUUCUAAUCUUAUUGAGGUAAUGGAUGGGCAAGGCGAGAAAUCACUGGCACUGUUUCCGGCUAAGUUUCAAAACAGCAUGUGGAUAAGACGAGGUAGUUUUGUUGUGGUUGACAUAAGUGGAAAGGAAAAGGCUCUGGAAUCAGGUAGCAAGGUGGCAUGCCUUGUGUCCCAAGUUCUCUUUUAUGAACAAGUUCACCUCUUUAGAAAAUCUCCGGAAUGGCCCGAAAUCUUCAGAUCUACACAUUUGGAGGAUUCUAGUGGAAGUUUGCGUGGGAAGACCUCCCAACAAGAAGAGGAUGAGCUUGAAUCUAGUGAUGAGGAGGGACUUCCCCCAAUAGAGGUCAAUACUAACAGAAUCAAGCCCUUUGAACUUCUAUCAGAUGCAGAAUCAGAUUCGGGUUCAGAUAGAGAUUCUUAAGUUUUUAAAUGUGAGACAAAAAAGCAUCAUUGUAAGAGUUUCACAUGCAUCACGAAAUAUGAGUGUCCAAUUUGCACGAUGGCAUUUUUGUUGAAUUGAAUAUGUAGUCAAGUGUUGAGACCUAAAACACACCUGCAAAUUGCAAUAUGGGUCUCAAUAGCUGGUUUGAUGCGACGAUGGCUAUAAUUUUGAAAUAUUAUUUAAGUGCAAUUUACAUUUAUCCUUUCAAGCAA